AUUCGAACGUAUACAAACUGCUAAGAAGGCGAGGUUGUCGCGGCCGAAGGAGUCGGUAUGGAAGAGGUCACGGGAGUUACCAGGGAGAAGGAAGAAGUGGCAGCGAGCUGAGGGGCCGGUACCCUCUACCUUUGAAGAACAACCGCCACCGUCUGGAA